CCACAGCCGAAGAGUGUGUGUACCACGCGCAACGUUUCCAACGUGCUGAAGCACAUCAGCAACAUUGUGGCAACAAAAAACAAUAACGAUCUGCGCAAUUACAAAGACACGGAGCUGCAGAGGUUCUGGAUGCCCGAUUCCAAGGCCAAAGAGUGCUACGACUGCGCCCAGAAGUUUUCGACCUUUCGCCGCAAACACCACUGCCGCCUGUGCGGCCAGAUAUUCUGCUCCAAGUGCUGCAACCAGGUUGUGCCCGGCAUGAUAGUCCGCUGCGACGGGGACCUCAAGGUGUGCAACUACUGUUCCAAGAUAGUGCUCACCUUUCUGAAGUCCUCCAGUUCGGACAUUGGCCAGGAUCUUCAGGCACUGCAGCAGCAUCUCAGCAACAAGUUGGAGGUCCAAGGCAGCAGCGCCCUCAAUGCUACCUCGCAGCAGCAGAGAGCACCCCUGUCACGGAAGACCUCGCUGGGCUACCAGGAAGAGCGCUUCAGCUCGCAUCCCAACUACACGAAACUCUCCUUCGAUGACCGGAAGAACAUUCUGCAGCAGUCGAACUCUCUCAUCACGCUGCACGAGGAGAUGCAGCGAGAUCUGCCGGCCCAGAACUGCGGGCAGGUGCUGAUUGAGUUCCUCAACAGCAACAACAAGUCGGCCAACGAGGUGCAAGCGGUGGCCAUACUGAAUGCCAUGCUGGCAGCCGGAUUCCUUGAGCCGAUCGUGCCUGAUCCCGACCAGACCGAGUUCGAGCCGACGCUGCACUACAAGUUCGCCAAGAACAGCAGCUCGGACAAUUCGCGGACCAUCAGUCCCCAGUUCGAGGCGCCCAACGGGGAGCCGCAGCCACCGAAGUCGAUGGACGUCUCCUUGAGCUUCCACUCGGUCGAUAUCGAGCUGGAGAACUAUUUGUGCUUCACUGCGGCCACGUCGAAGCUGCUAGAGUCCUACUGCGAUCACGAGGAGCAGCUGCUGGCCCAGCUGCUGCGUACCCAUCACCUAGACCAGGAAUGGGACAAGGUGCUGCAGAUGCUCUGCUCAACGGCGGCCAACCACUUCAAGCCCGAGUACUGGACCAACGAUCUGAUGGACAUUCGCAACUAUGUGAACUUUAAGAAGGUGACUGGCGGCCGGCGCAAGGACUCGAAAAUUGUGCAUGGCGUGGCCUUCUCCAAGAAUGUGGCGCACAAAGAUAUGGCCGCGCAUGUUCCCUUCCCGCGCAUCCUACUGCUCCAGUGCCCCAUUGUCUACGAGAGCAUCGAGGUUCAUCAAGUUCGUCGCCAUCGAGACGGUGCUGCUGCAGGAGAAGGAGUACCUGCGAAACGUCUGUGCCCGCAUCAUAAGCUUCUCCCCCAACGUGGUGCUCGUCCACAAGAACGUCGCUGGCAUUGCCCAGGACUUGCUGCGCUCCUAUAAUGUCAUACUUGUGCUGGACGUCAAGCUCUCGGUCAUGGAGCGCCUGUCGCGCACCCUCCAGUGCGACAUUGUCAGCUCCAUCGAGUCGAACAUCACCAUGCC